AUGGAGACCCCUCCACUGGUCCCCGAUGGCGGGAAACUGUGCAGUCAUCCCGUGGCCGCUGCCUUGGAGGAUACGGGGGGCCCUGGGUCCCAGAAUAAUGGGCAAGGGGACAGCGCUGAGAGCCGCGGUACUUCCGGCAGUGAGGAACCUCGCAGUACAGGCGGCACAGCCGAUACUGACACCAAUGAGGCCCACAGUCCAAAGACCAAGAUUAUUGAGAGCAUUGGGGGUUCCAGUGAGGAGGACAGGAGCCCAGGGGACGGGGCCAGUGAAGAGUCCGAUACUUGUGGGCCCAGGGGCAGUGAGGGCACCGGGGAUGUUUGUGCCGGAAGCUUUGAGGGGACCGGGGAUACCGGUGAGGGGCUUGGGGCCCAAACACAAACCCAACGGACUUCCAGGUCCUCCCAGGGGCCCCUUGUUACCCAGUCCAAUGAGGGGAGGGGACCAAGCCGCUGGACCAAUGAGGAUGAGAGUGUCAAUACUACUGGCUCCCACUCCCCUGAGGAAUCCAGUUCUCCCAGGGGUAUCACUCCAGGAAAGCAACAGAGUCCCCAGCCCAGUUAUGUGGAAUUUACUUCAAGGAGCCCCAGUAAUGAGGGAACCUCUGCCUUUAGUCCACCCAGGGAGAAGCCCACGGUCACAGAAUCCUUUAAGAAACCCAUGUUUUGUGCCCGUCCCAGUGACACUAAAAAGGCAACUGAGCCAAGAGACAAACCUGUAGCCCAAUCACAGCCGUCUCCCCCCGCCUGCAACAGAACCCCCAGUGCUGAAACGCCCCCGGCUGGCAGUGCCAGGCUUCCCUCUGACGCCUACCAAACCUGCCCUGCCAUUCCCUAUAGGGAACCUGUGUGGUCCGGCUUGCCCCAAACUCUUUACAACUUGGAGAUCCUGAAAGGGGGAAACAUUGUGUCUACUAAGAACCUCAGCAAUGUGAGUUGGACUCUUUUCGGCAGACUCCCUUCCUGCCACGUCUCCCUGGAGCACCCGUCUGUUUCCCGUUACCACGCGGUUCUUCAGUACCGUCACAUUCAAGGUUCUGACCCAGAUGAGGAGCUUGGAUUUUAUGUCUAUGACUUGGGCAGCACCCAUGGAACCUUCCUAAACAAACAGAGGAUUCAAGCAAAAACUUACUGUCGAGUUAAAGUGGGCCACGUGCUGAAAUUUGGGGGAAGCACGCGCCUCUUUAUACUGCAGGGCCCAGAGGAGGACCAGGAGGAAGAAUCGGAGCUCACAGUAACUCAGAUAAAAGAAGCACGGAGGCAGAGGGAGAGCCUGCAGAAGAAGAUGUUGGGAGAUGAUUCAGAUGAUGAAGAAAGUUCAGAAGACAACAAGAAUGUGAAGGACCCGGGGAGCUUGGGGGAUGAUGGGGGAUGCAUGUGGGGAAUGGGAGAGGAUGCGCUCCAAGAAGAUAAUGAGGAAAACCCAAUUGCAACAGAGUUUCAGGAACAAAAGGAAGCUCUUUACUUGAAGAACCCCAAAAAAGCUCUCCAAGGCUUCUUCGACAGGGAAGGGGAAGAGCUGGAAUAUGAGUAUGAAGAACAGGGCCCCGGCAUGUGGCUGUGCAGAGUCAAGUUGCCAGUAGAUGAUGCUUCAGGGAAGCAAGUGGUGGCAGAAGCUGUGCAUUCUGGGAGAAAGAAAGAAGCAUCAGUAGUGUGCUCAUUGGAAGCCUGUCGUAUGCUAGAAAUGAGAGGCCUGCUGCGCCAAGAGGCAGUGGCUCGCAAGCGAAAAGCUAAAAAUUGGGAGGACGAGGAUUUCUACGACAGUGAUGACGACACGUUCCUCGACCGCACGGGACUGGUGGAAAGGAAGAGGCUGAACCGCAUGAAAAAGGCCGGGAAGAUUGAAGAUAAACCAGAAACCUAUGACUCCCUGGUUGCUAAGUUAAAUGCUGUUGAAAAGGAGCUUUCUGACAUUGCCAUCAAGCUGCAGACAUCUCAUGCAGCUGAUUCUCAGAGCAAAGCUCAGGACUCGCUGGAUGCCUUCAUGACAGAAAUAAAAUCUGGGGCCACACUCGAUAACGUUGCACGCAAGAAGCUCCACUUGCGCUCUUUUGAGCUCAAGAAGGAACAGCAGAGAUUGAAAGGGCUGAUAAAGAUUGUGCAGCCAACAAAGCUUCCGGAACUCAGUCCAGUGGCACCAGAUCCGAAGGCGAAAAAACCUUCUUUGCCCAUGUUCGGAGCUAUGAAAGGCGGAAGAAAAUUUAAACUGAAAACUGGUACCGUUGGGAAACUGCCACCAAAGCGAACAGACCUUCCGGAAAGUUUUUUUAAUAUGAAAGGCGAUGAGAAUGAGGAGGAAGAAGAAGAGGAAGAAAUGCAGGUGGAAUGUAAACAGAUUACUGAGGAUUCUAGCGAGAAACCAGCCCAGAGGGAGGAAGCUGAUAAAGGAUCCCCUCAAAAAACUGCCUGCUCACCCCAAUCCUCUGCUGUUGAUAAGCCAGUUCCAGAAAUGGAAGACAAACUUCCUCAUUUGGGACCAAAGAAAACCAAGGAUUCAGAGCCAGAUGACGAGACUCCAAUCCCCAGCAAAAGAGAACCCCAAGUAUCCCAGAAGGAAGAAAACAAACAGAAAGAGGAAACCGUUAAGCCAAGGAAGAUGCAUGGCCCCAGCAGGCCCCCAACAGGCUCUCUGUCCACCCACUACCCAAAAGAUGACCCAGAUUACUGCGUGUGGAUGCCUCCUACAGGUCAAACAGGUGAUGGAAAAACGCAUCUAAACGAGAAAUAUGGCUACUGAUGCAACUCCUAAAAUACCAUAUUGGAUUUGCCCAUUUGCUGGUGGCAGAACAGGGAGGGGGAACGGCUGGGGGACACCUGCUUCCUACGUCGUGCACUUAGUCCAAUAAAGUAUGGGUCCUGUGGAACUGUAACUUGUCUCCCUGUAGCCUGCAUAGUCUUUCACGUCUAGGACUUCCCAUUGACCACAUGCAGCUGAAAUGCAAACUCUGUGUUCUUCAUCCUGCUUAUUAUGGCCUCACCAGCACAGAAUAUUAUGCAAUGUUGAUAAUGACUUUGCCAGAAGCAUUAGGGAUGAAUCAAAUCCACUAUUUUGGAUUCUGCCGAACCUGCGAAUCCUUUGCCAAAGAUUCGGCCGAAUACUUAUCCGGAUCCUAGUUUGCAUAUGCAAAUUAGGGAUGGGAAGGGGAAAACAUGUUUUACGUCCUUGUUUUGUAACAAGGACGUAAUGCAAAUUUGCAUAUGCAAAUUAGGAUUCAGUUCGGCCAGGCUGAAUCCGAAUCCUGCUGAAAAAGGCUGAAUCCUGGUCGAACCCCGAACCGAAUCCAGGAUUCUAUGCAUCCCUAAAGCAUACAAGUUUGCUAGUUCUGUUACCUGCAUACAUGCAGUUGCUGGGAGAGAACCAAUAAGGUGUAGCACUUACUAGAGAAUCCUUGUGUUGGGGGAUAUUUGUUGGUUUCUCACCCUCAUGUCUUUCCUAUUGUUUCCUCUUUUUUGUUUUCCUGAAACCCAAGCCUGAAACCCAAUGGGCUUUCAGUGUUCUACAAAAAAAAAUUGCCCUGGCCCCUUACAGCAGCCAAUCAAAUAGUUGCGUAAUCUAUCCUGGCAGCAGCUGACCAGUAGAAAUUAAGUGCCCAUGGCUUUUAUAACAGGCAUGUAGUUUAUAUUCCCCUAGAGUAUUUAAUACUGUUACUGUGUUGGUGUGAAUAAAUUUGUGAUGUUUGGGGA